CUCGAUCCACGCGCUGAGUAUUACAAUCGCUUAAACUUCCUCUCUUUAAAACUGCAUCUACUCUUCUUCUUCUUCUUCUCAAGUCCUUGUAAUCAUCUCCUCCAUACUUUCGUACACCUUAAUUUCAUCGACCGGCAACUCGUCACACGCGCCGCCACAAUGCAAGCCCUUCACACCACCUCUCUACUCCCUUCCCCGCUCGACGCCCUCCGCAAGCCGCCGCGCUCCGGCUUCUCUUAUGGCGUCGCCUCGAGGCCGCUUCCCAGGCGUCUCCGAUUUAUAUCCGCCUCAGCCACCAAUUCGGCUCCUAUGCGGGAGCAGGACCCCAAAAAGCGGGUUGUCAUAACGGGAAUGGGGCUCGUGUCCGUCUUCGGAAAUGACGCCGAUGCCUAUUACGAAAAGCUUCUCGCCGGGGAGAGCGGCAUCUCUCUCAUCGACCGAUUCGACGCGUCCAAAUUCCCCACCCGAUUCGGCGGCCAGAUUCGAGGAUUUAAGGCGGAAGGGUACAUCGACGGUAAGAACGACCGGAGGCUUGAUGAUUGCCUUAGGUAUUGCACUGUUGCUGGGAAGAAAGCUCUUGAAAAUGCCGAUCUGGGAGCUGAUAAAAUCGGAAAGAUUGAUAAGGAGCGAUCUGGUGUUCUUGUUGGAACUGGAAUGGGUGGUCUUACUGCUUUCUCUGAUGGUGUACAAGCCUUAAUAGAAAGGGGUCACAGGAAAAUAUCUCCAUUUUUCAUUCCUUAUGCCAUAACCAACAUGGGUUCUGCUUUGCUUGCCAUCGACAUUGGGUUUAUGGGGCCAAAUUACUCAAUCUCAACUGCUUGUGCUACUUCAAAUUACUGCUUUUAUGCAGCUGCCAAUCAUAUCCGUCGAGGUGAGGCUGAUUUGAUGUUAGCAGGUGGAACUGAAGCUGCCAUAAUACCUAUUGGGUUAGGAGGCUUUGUGGCCUGCCGAGCUUUGUCUCAAAGAAAUGAUGAUCCACAAACUGCUUCUAGACCAUGGGAUAAGGACCGUGAUGGUUUUGUUAUGGGAGAAGGAGCUGGAGUAUUGGUGAUGGAGAGCUUGGAGCAUGCAAUGAAACGAGGUGCCCCAAUUAUUGCAGAAUACCUGGGCGGGGCAGUGACUUGUGAUGCUCAUCACAUGACCGACCCUAGGGCUGACGGUCUUGGUGUUUCUUCAUGUAUCACUAAUGCUCUUGAUGACGCUGGUGUAUCACCUGAAGAGGUGAACUACAUAAACGCUCAUGCAACAUCCACUAUUGUUGGAGAUUUAGCGGAAGUCAAUGCCAUUAAGAAGGUAUUCAAGAACACUUCGGGUGUAAAAAUGAACGCUACUAAGUCCAUGAUAGGACAUUGCCUCGGUGCUGCUGGUGGCUUGGAAGCUAUUGCAACAGUGAAGGCAAUUACAACCGGGUGGCUACAUCCUACAAUAAAUCAAUUCAAUCCUGAGCCAUCGGUGGAGUUUGACACCGUUCCCAACAAGAAACAGCAGCACGAAAUUAAUGUCGCCAUUUCAAAUUCGUUUGGUUUUGGUGGACACAACUCUGUUGUAGUCUUCUCUGGGUUCAAGCCUUGAUUCAACGGUUUCAAGCAUGGCGGACCAAACAGAAGGGUAUGGAGGGGAGGCAUAUUAUAGAGGGCAUAUCUUCUUUUUUUUCCCCCUGCAAUUGGGUGCCGGCUCGGUGAUUAUAUAUCUAUUUUGUUCUUAUAAGUGUAGUAAUAAUUAUAAUAAUUUGGGUUUUAGUAGCUCUUAAGAACGUUUAAUGUUUGCUUGUUAUACCUUCCGAAAUGUUGAAUUUGUGCAGAGUGCUAAAAUGGUGAUGAUACGACUAUUGCUUGUUUACUUCUACAUUUUUCAGUUUUGCAGUUGUUUAUUACUUCUAUAAAAUUUUCAUGGGUUUUCGAUGAGUUCUGUAAUGUUAAUGUGUGUAUUGUGUAAUGAAAGAUGUCAGAAAGAGACGCACACAAAUACAUUUGAGCAAUAAAUUUAAAUCUGACUA